UUUCUUGGAGAUGUCUGCUCCCCCUCCCAAACCGGCGUGUCCCAACUUCUCGUCUGGGCCUUGUGCCAAGCGCCCUGGGUUCAAUCCCGGAGUUGCAUAUGCUGAUGCUCCUUUCGGAAGAUCCCAUCGCGCAGCGAUCGGAAAGAACAAGAUCAAGGAGAGCAUGCGCCUGACAAAAGAAAUCCUGAAGAUUCCCAAGGAUUACCUCGUAGCCAUGGUUCCAGCAUCGGAUACUGGUGCUGUAGAGAUGAUGAUGUGGCAAUUGUUGGGCCCGAGGGGUGUCACUGUAUGCCAUUGGGAGUCAUUUGGCUCUGGAUGGUUUACCGAUGCUGAGAAGCAACUGAAACUCCCCAAGCUGCGCAAUCUCAAGGCACCAUUCGGAGAACUUCCCGACCUCAAGAGCAUCGAUUGGAAUGACGAUGUUGUCUUCACUUGGAACGGAACCACCAGUGGUGUGAAGGUCCCAAAUGGUGAUUGGAUUCCCGAUAAUCGUGGAGGACUUUCUAUCUGCGAUGCGACAUCUGCAGCCUUCGCGAUGGAUAUCCCCUGGAGCAAGAUUGAUGUGUUGACCUACUCCUGGCAGAAGUGCCUUGGUGGAGAAGGUGCACAUGGCAUGCUUGUCAUCUCUCCACGAACGGUGCAGCGUUUGGAAUCCUACAAGCCCGCAUGGCCUCUUCCAAAGAUUUUCCGCUUGACCAAGGGUGGGAAGUUGGACAAGGCUAUCUUUGAGGGAGACGUCAUCAACACUCCAUCCAUGGCUUGCUUUGAAGAUUACCUUGAUGCUUUGAAAUGGGCCAAGGGAUGUGGUGGAUUGGAUGGAUUGAUCCAGCGUUCUAUGAGAAAUUUCAAUGUUGUGAAAUCCUUUGUUGAGAAGAACCCUUGGAUUCAAUUUUUGGCUAAGGACCCUGCCACCGUGUCCAACACCAGCGUGUGCUUAGUGAUCAACGACCUGAGCAAGGAUCAGGUUAAGACCAUGCUUUCCCUGCUGGAGAGGAACAAGGUUGCCUAUGACAUUGGGGCUUAUCGUGACGCCCCUGCCGGCUUGCGCAUCUGGUGUGGACCCACUGUGGAGACUGCGGAUGUCAACGCUCUCAUGCAAUGGGUUGACUAU